GAAGUUCCAGGUUUUAGUACAGAGAACAAUUUGAAAUUCGGUGCUGUCUUAUUCUUAAUCCGGAUAAUGCUUUGCCCUAAUUUCCCUAUCCCGAUCGAGAACGUUCUUAAUCCGCCUAAGUUAAUCCUCGGUUCCGCUCUUCCGAAAGUAUCUCAACUCCAUGGCUUCGAACGGCGCCGUUUCUCGAACCUCCGCGUGAGGGCCGGAGCGCCGGCGCAGGAAGAAGCGGCGCUGCCGGUGGGUCUGCAGAAGGAGUUUAUGCCGAGACACGUGGCGGUGAUUAUGGACGGAAAUGUGAGAUGGGCGCGGCGGAGGAACUCGCCGGACUCGAAAGGGCACGACGCCGGCGUACGGUCUCUGAGGGGGUUGAUUGACCUAUGUUACAGAUGGGAGAUCCCAGUACUCACCGUUUUUGCAUUUUCGUACGAUAAUUGGCUACGAUCAAAGCGCGAGGUCGAGUUUUUGAUGUUUUUAUUCGAACGAGUUUUGAAGUCCGAGUUGGAAUCAUCUGCCAGAAAGGGAAUUAGACUAUCGGUGAUUGGGGAUAUAUCGAUGUUUCCCAAAUCCCUACAGAGCCUGAUAAACGAAGCAGUGGAGAAGACGAAGGGCAACACGAAACUGCAACUGAUCGUGGCGGCGAGCUACAGCGGCCGAUACGACGUCGUCCAGGCGUGCCGGAGCAUCGGUCGCAGAGUGAAGGAGGAGGAUCUUCGAAUCGAAGACAUCGACGAGAGCCUCAUCGAACAGGAACUCCAAACCAACUGCACGCCGCUUCCUCAUCCCGAUCUUCUCAUCAGAACCAGCGGCGAGCUCCGAAUCAGCAAUUUCCUGCUCUGGCAAUCGGCUUACACCGAAUUCUUCUUCUCCGAAACGCUGUGGCCUGAUUUUGGGGAACACGAUUUCGUACAAGCUUUGAUUUCGUAUCAGAAGAGGCAGAGGCGCUACGGCGGAAGGCAAUCCUAGACGCCAUUGCUGCAAAAAUUCAAAGUUUCUCACACGAUUGAUUGACUAUGCUAUUUCGCAUACAAUUUGGUUACAAAUUGGAGGGGGGUAAAGAAAAAGAAUAAGCCUAUUUCUUAAAUACCACAGAAAAUGAGGGUGUAAAAAGAUAUACCAAAGAUGUAAUUUCACAUAUGUCUGAUCCAGAGGUCAUGAUUUACGGUUUAUUAGCAACAUCAAUCAUUCAAAAAUACUUCUGAAUUUCA